GCAGUGGCUGCGCCGCACAUACAGUCUCCCAACUCAACGGGAAUCGCGUCGGACCUCCGAGCGAGUCACUCUCCGAUCCGUCUCCAGUCGGGAGCAGUUUCAUUCUUCGGCUCUCUGCCGGCAGCGAGCGGAUGAUACAAAAUUUGAAGACAGCUCCUGUUUGAUAGUGAUCGCAGAGCCGUGGCAAGGAAUGACACAGCCGGCCACGUGAUGAGCGCAUGUGCGUGUACUCCAAAAGAAUUGACAAUAAUAAAUACGCUCAAGUGAAAUGCUUCCAGUCUUCGAGCACCGGAUACGAUAAGGAGCGAUCAUGUCUUCGAGUGACGAUCGAAAACGCUGCACCCUGUUCGAAGAGUCGUCCAUCACACUCCAGGAUAUGUACCACCAUGACGAAAUUUGCAGUGACCAUCUUCUGGAGGAUCUUACGGAUGAACGAACGAAUCAUCUAGUCAGCAUCGAGCACAGGGUGAGCGACGACAAUCACCUGACAUUCCAAGUGCAGGGCAUAAACAUCCCCGAAAGAGCCACUCAUGCCACCUUGACAAUUAAGACACGGGACGGGCUGAACGGCGAACGAACGAAAGGUUUCCAUUGUGAUGUGUAUGGCUGUGACAAGACGUAUUCAACGCAGGGGAAUCUGAAAACGCACAAGAAGAGACACACAAGGGAGCUCACCUUCUUCUGCUCCCAAGAGGGCUGCGGCAAAGCCUUCUUGACGUCAUACAGUCGAAAUAUACACCUCCGAAUUCACACGCAUGAGCGCCCCUAUAAAUGCGAAGCUCUUGAAUGCACUCGUACGUUCUCCACGAGAUAUCGGCUGAGAGCCCACGAGAGAAUACACACAGGUCAAACGUUCGAGUGCGAGUGGUUGGAAUGUGAUAGGAAGUUCACCACGGUCUCCGAUCGGAAAAAGCAUAGUCGCGUUCACACUGGCGAGCGGCGCUUCUUGUGCGAAAGUUGUGGGAAGAUCUUCGGUGCAUCGCACCAUCUGAAAUCUCAUCGACGCACCCACACUGGAGAGAAACCGCAUCAAUGCAACGUCUGUUCCAAGAAAUUCGCUACUCCCUAUUCCUUCAGAUCUCAUGUGAAGUCGAAGCAUGCGCAAGACAUUCUAGAGGAGAGCGCGCGAAUCGCUCGCAUUUGCACUUGCACGAAGGAAGCUUGUGAGAAGGCAGAGUGCUGCUCCACUUGUUUGCUGCCGGUGGGUCCACAAGCUGUGGAAAUGACCCCCGAUGUGAACACAGUCGAGAGCCCGUCUCCCUGAAUUCAUCCUGCCAUUGGAUUAAAGAUGGAGUUGAAGUACCUAUUCGGGACUUUGUCGCCAUGAGUCAGUAAUUCGCCGGUCAGGAAGACAGGCAGAGA